GCCUGGUACACCCAGUGUCUGUUACUCGCUUGUUUCUGCAUGGGGUCGAGUCGUAGCUCCUGGCCCUGUGUACGUGUGUGUACUGACUUACUUGUUGUUGUAGGGGUCGCGUCGUAGCUCCUAACUCCGUGUACGUGUUUGCAGCAGUUGAUGUGACAGUAGCAACAACACGGACACCUCCACUACAUGCUGUACUUCCUGCUAACAUCAUCGACCAACUUACAAGAGCAGUAACUUAGACGAACAACUUAGAGCAAGAACUUAAUUAUUCAAUUAAACUUUAGGAGUAAUGGAGACGGCUGGAGGUGGUGGAGAGAUAACUGAGUGCCAUCUAGCGGCGGGAGGAGCAACUGUGGAUCUUAACAGAAGAAAACGGCUUUUAAAGCAGGGCUUCAAGAUCUUCAUAGCCAGCUUGGGUACGUGGAUCAUGGGCACCAUGUUUGUGUGGCCCUCAGUACUGGCUCAGGAUCUCUCUUCCCAGUCUAACACCACCAUCUAUGGUACCUUGCUCCAGUACUCUUCCACACAAAUGGAUAUGGCAGGUAGCCUAGUGUCGCUCGGCUCCCUCCCAGGAGCCUGGAUCUCCGCACCUCUCGUGUUGAGGCUAGGACGACGCAUCAGUAUGAUAAUUGCUGGGAUUAUAGCACUUAUAGGAUGGCUAGGUGUGGCCCUCCUACCAACAUUCACUGGUAUUUUGGUUUUUAGAUUCGUGUGUGGACUGGCCGUAGGGUCCCUGACCAUCUCUGUUAAUGCUUAUGGAGUCGAGAUGGCUGACUUGGAUGUUCGAGGAGCAAUGAUCAUGAUUGUUAACAUUGGCGUUAACUGCGGUCAGGUUGUGACAGCACUGGUUGGCUACGACGCUAGGUACUACAUAGUGGCUUUUGUUGAUAUGCUGGUGCCUCUCUUGUUUAUCCUGGGCCUCACUUCCCUGCCUGAGAGUCCCUCACUACUCCUACUUAAAGGCCGGGAAGAAGAGGCCAGAGCCGUUCUGGUCAACCUGAGAGGUCAACAUGCAAACAUUGAUGCAGAACUGCAGAGUUACCGUGAAAUGAACACGACAGGAUCAACAUGGAGGGGACUGCUCCACCCGGACAUUAUCAAGUCCAUCCUUGUUACAUCUGUACUCUUUAUACUUAUGUAUUUUACGGGUUACAUGGUCAUCAAUGCUAACGCUUCAAGGAUAUUCGCGGACUCUGGAUCCACCAUAGAUGAGAAAUUAUGUACCAUUAUCAUCCUUCUGGUCCAGGUGUGUGGCGGCGCCUCCAGUUUCUUUCUCCUGGACAGAAUAGGCCGCAAGAAAACUCUCAUUAUAUCUUUCUGUAUCAUGUGCAUCUCACUUACUACACUCGCCAUUUAUGAAGGAGUGAUUCAGGACUCUGCAGGAGAUGUGACGGACGCCGUAACGUAUGCUACAGGAGGCUACCUGGAGGAGGGUGGACUGGAGGAGGGAAAUACUUCCAGGCCAUACGGGUGGAUACCUCUGGUGUGUCUGAUGGUUUCUCAGGCAGGGGUGGCCAUGGGAGUGAACCCCAUACCGUAUAUUCUCAGUAAUGAGUAUUUCCCCACCUGGAUACGUGCCCAGGCAGCAAGUGUGCCAUUCUCAGUAGCAACCUUGGCAUCCUUCGCUUCCCUGCAGCUCUACACCCCUAUGAGGAAUGGACUCACACAGCCAGGCCUUUAUGGAUUUUAUGCUGCCGUCUGCGCUCUUGGUGUUCCUUUCACUGUCUUUUUUGUGAGGGAAACAAUGGGGGAGAAGGUGGGAUAACUCACCGAAUAUCAUCUUCAUUAUCGGAGGAAGGUGGGAUAACUCACCGAAUAUCAUCUUCAUUAUCGGAGGAAGGUGGGAUAACUCACCGAAUAUCAUCUUCAUUAUCGGAGGAAGGUGGGAUAACUC